AUGAAUGGUAUGGUAGCGACUUCGAAGAUGAGUUCGAGGGGUUCGGGUUUGCGGGCUGGGGGAAUUUCUUCGGUGAUGGUAGCGGCGAGAUGGGGGAACUUGAGGGUGUCGGGUUUGCGUUCGGGUGCGGGUGCGGGUGCAAGAUGCAUAUCGACAUCUGAACUGGAUACUUCGAAAGGCGAUCGCGAAAGAAUCCUUAUUCUUGGAUCAGGUUGGUCUGGUUUCACUCUGAGCCGACAAUUGGAUCCUAAGAAAUAUCAGACGGUGGUUAUUUCUCCGAGAUCUUAUUUUGUAUUUACGCCGUUAUUGGCUAGUACUGCGGUGGGGACGCUGGAGUUUAGGAGUACGUUGGAGAGUGUAAGAGGUAGAGGAAGAUGGAGAGGAUGGGGAUUAAUUGGUGGAGGAUGGGGUGGGUGGGGAGCGAGGGGGAAUGGGGUUGAGUUUUGGCAGGGGUGGGCGGAUGAUGUGAAUUUUGAUCGGAAGACCAUUCAAGUGGAGGAAAAUGUUAUUGAGAGGCCGAAAAACGCGAGCGGGGUGGUAGAGAAGAGGGGAAAGGGAAAAGUGUUUGAGGUUGGGUAUGAUAAGUUGGUGGUUAGUGUGGGGUGUUAUAGUCAAACGUUUGGGAUUGAGGGAGUUAGGGAAAAUGCGCUGUUUUUGAAGGAUGUAGGGGAUGCGAGGAAGAUUCGGAAGAGGAUUUUAGAAUGUUUUGAAACAGCAGCAUUACCAACUAGCUCCGACGCUCUCAAAAAACAACUCUUAAAUUUCGCCAUUGUAGGCGGUGGUCCAACCGGUGUCGAAUUUGCCGCUGAGCUCUUCGAUCUCUGCCAAGAAGAUCUCUCAACUCUCUACCCCUCCCUAACAUCCUUUAUAAAAAUAACCAUCUACGACGUUGCGCCUAAGAUUCUCCCCAUGUUUGAUAAAAACCUCGCAAAUUACGCAUUGGAACAUUUCAAAAGAGAUGGCAUACACAUCAAAACCGAACAUCACAUCGUAGGGUUGAGUAAAGGAUUACCCAAAAGUGGUAUUGAGGGAGAAGAUGGUGUUGAAAUCGAAAGAGGAUUCACACUCAAAUUGAAAGAAGAAGGGGAAGUGGGUGUGGGAAUGUGUGUUUGGAGUACGGGAUUGAUGAUGAAUCCUUUUAUUGAAAAAGCAUUGAGUUCCGUGCAUACAUUUCCUACUCAAUCCGCAACGGUCGCAUCGAGAUCGAGCGGUGAGGAGAAUAAGAUGGGUAUAGAGAAACCGGAGGAGAGAAAGUGGGAAUUGAAGAGGAGUUUGAAGACGGGUGGGUUGAUGGUGGAUAAUCAUUUUAGAGUCAUGUUGGCAAGUCGUGCUACUUCUUCAUCUUCAUCCUCAACGGAAGUUUCAUCGGAAGCGUCAACGCAACAAACCCAACAAGAAGCAACAAUGAAUGAUGUUUUUGCCUUGGGAGAUGUAGCAGUCUUGGGAAAUACGUCAUUACCGGCGACAGCACAAGUAGCAAAUCAGGAAGCGAAGUGGCUGGGGAAGAAACUUAAUGGAUUGGGGAAGGGGGAGAAGAUGAGUGUUAGUGGUGGGGCUGGGGAUGUGGAUGUGGAUAAGGGGUUUACGUUUAGGAAUAUGGGGGUUAUGACUUAUGUGGGGGGUAUGAAGGCGAUUAUGCAGACGGAUGGGAAGGGGGAGAUUAAGGGGUGA